UCCCCGGCCCGGAAGCGCGGCUAAGGCUGUAGUGGGGGAGGGCAGGCCGGGCCGGGCCGGCAGGAAAGAGCGGCGAGAGCAGCCGGCUAGCGGAGGCCAUGAGCGGGCGGCGGAGCUCGGAAAACCCGGCCGAGGGCAGCAGCGGCGGCGGCGGCGAUGUUUUUCUUCCUGACCCCCAUGUGCCAGCGGUAACCUUCCUCCAAGAACUGCCCAGUUACCAAUCGAUGAGGAGGCGAAGAUUAGUAACCGGAAACGUGGAUAACUAUCACAGUUUAGCACGUUCCAUUUCUGGAGAGGCCAGGAAUCUCAUCCAAGGGACAGAAUCAAGAAAUGUCAACCUCGACCGUCCGCUGAAAGAAUGCGCCUUGCCGCUCGCGGAGAAGAGACGUUUAAGGGAGCUUGAAGAAAAACAUAUACAAUCCCAGUCAAAAUGGAAUCAGUGGAAGAAGGCAACUAAUAAAUCACUCAAAAGAAUGAUAGAGAAUAUCAAAGAACUAAUCUCUUAUCUGGAAUUGUGGAGAUAUGACAUCCGUAGCAUCGAAGAGAAAUUUGGCACUGGAAUCAAGUCCUACUUCUCUUUCCUGCGUUUCCUGGUGGUCUUAAACUUCGUCAUCUUCCUUCUCCUGUUCAGCUUCAUCACCCUUCCGACAGCUCUUGUUCAGUAUGGAGUUGUGAAUGGCAGCUACGUAAAAGUUCCCCCAGAAACAGAGCCAGAAUGCACUUUUUAUACGAUCGGCAACACCAAGGGACUGGUGUACUUCUACAGUUAUAUUAUAGAUCUGCUGUCUGGCACAGGGUUUCUUGAAAUGACGAGUCUCUUUUAUGGCUAUUACUCAGUGGAUAAGGUACCUUUGGGUCUGCUGGAGUACCACGUGCCGCUGGCGUAUUUGCUGAUCACGCUGGCUUACCUUUCGGUGAGCUUUGUCUGGAUUAUCAAACGCUCGGUGGAAGGUUUUAAGCGAAGCUUGAUAUACAACGAAGAUCCAUUUCAAAGCUACUGCAAUAAAAUUCUUGCUGGCUGGGAUUUCUGCAUUACAGAUGUAAAUGCUGCUCGGCUGAAACACAGUAGUUUACUUUAUGAACUUAAAACGGAUUUGCAGGAUGAACGAUUAAGACAGAGGGCAGCAGACAGAAGCCUCAAAGAGAAAACGCGUAUUUAUUGUUUGAGGAUCUUCUUAAACGGUGUCGUUUUGGCUGUCUUGUCGGCUUGUUUUUAUUCCAUCUAUAGAGUAACCGUCUACUCACAAGAACACAGUUUCCCAGAAAACAACAUCAAAUUAGACGACCUCUUCGUGCAGUACUUACCUUCUAUGGUGAUCACCAUCGCAAACUUUUUUGCGCCGCUGAUUUUUUCGUUUCUCAUCAAAUACGAAGACUAUUCGCCCGUCUUCGAGAUACGAUUAACUCUGAUCAGGUGUGUCUUUGUGCGAUUGGCCAACAUUGCCGUCCUUUUGUUUUCGCUGUGGACUCGAAUCACGUCCUGUGCUGAGAAAUGCAAGACGUGCGGAUACAACUACCACCUUUAUCCAUGCUGGGAAUCCCGAGUUGGCCAGGAAAUGUAUAAACUGAUGAUCUUUGACUUGAUCAUCAUCUGCGCUGUUAUCGUCUUCAUUGACUUUCCUAGGAAGUUGAUUGUGAGCCAUUGUCCCAUCAAGGCCUUCCGGUGGGUUGGGCUGCAGGAGUUUGCCAUCCCAGACAAUGUGUUGGAAAUAGUUUAUGGACAAACAAUCUGCUGGAUCGGAACCUUCUAUUGUCCUCUCCUCCCAGCAAUUGCAGCCGUGAAAUAUUUCAUUGUCUUUUAUAUUAAAAAGUUGAGCCUGAUGCACACAUGUAAACCUUCAGCCCGGCCCUUCAGAGCCUCGAGUUCCAACUUUUUCUUCUUGGUGGUACUUCUGAUUGGUCUUAUUUUGGUGUUCAUUCCUUUGGGACUCAGCAUGACACGCAUUCCUUCCUCUAAAGCCUGUGGGCCGUUCGUGAAUUUCAAUCGCUCGUGGGAUGUCAUCGGACACACCGUGCAGAAACUGCCCCUCACCUUGCAAAGGAUCCUGAACGGCAUUUCUUCCGAAACGUUUGCUGUGCCUUUCUUCAUGGUUACCUGCUUCGUUGUGUUUUGUUUCAUUGCCUUGGCUGGAGCACAUAAAAGAGUGAUUAAUCAACUGAGGGAACAAUUAGCUACGGAGAGUCGGGACAAGCUCUUCCUGAUCCAGCAAUUGACUAAAGCUCAGAUGCUUCGCUGGGACUUUUUCAAUCCUCUUGAAGGGAACAUGAAGUCCAAGCAAGGAGGAGCCGGAGUCAGCAAAUAACCAGAGUCUCCGCCAUCCCAAACUGGGACGGACACAUUCAACUUGUUGUAGAUGGAGGAUUUUCAGCGGGGCUGGCUUCAUUCGUGUUAAAGGAGUUGCCCUGACUGCUGUGAUAGCACCACACAAGAGCAACGACAAACUCUUGCUAAACGAAGAGGACGCUGGAGUCAUCGGGAUGCGGGUGGAUGAGGAUGAGGAUGAGGAUGAAUCACAUUGCAGCACCAACUAUGCGACUCACAAAGUACAGCAUCAAGACACAAAUGUAAUUAGUGUAAACUUAAACUGUAGAAGUAGUCCUUGACUUAGCACCGAUCGCUUCAUGAGUAUUCGAGGUUCCCGCGGAUUCCCCCCCAAAGUAGCUACAAACCAGUUCUGAAAUUCCUGCAGCCCCCCCCCACCCCCCUUUCCCCAGGUCACAUGAAUGCAAUUCAGGCACUCGGCCCCCAGGCCGCAUUUACGGCCAUUUGCAGUGUCCUUAAAGUUAUCUGAUUGAUUUACCAUGGUUUGGCUGAAAACUGGGCUUUACUUCCAGUUUUUGGCAAAAACGCCCCAUAGCAAACAACGGGGUUUGCUUAAUGAUCGUGGCGAUUUCCUUAACAACCUAUAAAAAAAGGU